AUGGCUGACGGCCUGAAUGAUGCACGAGCCAUGAGAGUCGCCGAAUUGAUCAAUGACUAUCGAACGCUUCAACAUCACAUCUCGCAGCAGUUAGCUUCCGUUCCAAUGGGAAAUACGCAACAGGAAGGAUAUCGAGUUCUCGCACAGAGCUCAGCUUCAGCACAGCGUUUGUUGGCCGCGGGGUUCUCGAGCAUGCCUAUUGAAGAUCAGGGGAGCGAUCCGGAAAUGGAAAGGGCUCAAUUGCGCCAGGUUAUUCUUGACGCCAGUGUCCGUCGAUUCCAAGCUCACAAGAUCUAUCUUCGCGUUGCGGCCGCGAAGAGAUGGGUUAUAAAUCGCAACGAGCUCCUCUCACGUUCAUUCAAGGGGCAAAGCACUCAGUUACGAGAGAUCGAUCAAUUGCUGCGCCAAGAACUGGACAGCAUCACCGAUCACACUAUCUUCUCGGAUCUUCGACAAGCCGAUUCAAGAGCUGGUCUCUGGGUGUCUGAAGAUCCCCCGCUGGCGGCGAUUCAACUCUGGAUCAACAAUUCUCGACGCUGA